AUGAUUGGAAAGCAGAGCAGAGCUCCGGUGAACAAAACCUCACAAGGACAGGAAUAUCACUAUUCUACUCCACUUCCCCGCUUUGUUAACAGCUGCGUGGUCUUCUCCGUGUCUGCUAGCCUGCGUGUUAACGCUCCCCUGGUGUUCAGGCUCCAUGGGAAUGCUCCGGACGUGGUGCGUGAGGUGCUGCUGGAGCGCGGCUGGGAGGAGUUCGAUCCUCAGGAACGGGAGGAAGGAGACUGGAACCCGCGCUGGCGCAGCUCGGCUUUCCGCGGCUCACACUAUGAGAACGUCUUGUCCUGGCAGAGGCUGAAUCACCACCACAAACCAGGCAUUAUCUCAUGCAAAGACUGACUGGCACGCAACCUGAGAAGAAUGAGAGGGACGUACGGACCCGCGCUCUACGGCUUCAGUCCGCUGGCUUUCAUCUCGACUAAACUUGAUUACACCAGGUUUCUGGAGGAGCAUGCAAAAAAACAAUACUGGAUCUGUAAACCGGUGGAUCUGUCUCGAGGACGGGGCAUAUUUAUCUUUAGGGAUAUCAAACACCUGACUUAUGACUCGACAGUGAUCGUACAGAAAUACAUAAGCAACCCGUUUCUGAUCUCAAGCUACGAGCCUUGGCUUUUAGAGGUCAACUGAAGUCCGGCACUUUCUUUGGACUGUCCAGCUGAUGUCAAGGUUGAAAAAGUUCUGAUUAAUGAUCUCAUUGACUUGAUGAACUACAGGAAGCUUGACAGGCUGAGACAAAGGGAGAGAUGUCUUUCUACGCUCAAACCGAAAUCUGCUUAUGAACAUAAGUUUCCAUGUUUGACUUUGGAGAAGACAUCACGUUUAAAAUCACAUCCAUAUGCAAAAAGAGCGGCCAAAAAAAAUCAUUGGUCCGAGUCAGAUGACCUCGUCCGAGUCAUGAACUCGUCUCGCGGGCAAAAUCCUAGAGGCUCAUCAUGUAGUGCGUUGACGUUACCUAUUAUUCACAUUCAUGAAUCCAGACAAAAGCAGUCAAGGUUGUCAUAAGACCAGAGAACGCAUGACAGGACAUCUCAUCGUGUUGAGGAUUUCAUACUGACAUUUCCUUUCAACGAGGUCACACAACAAGCCUCGCGGGACACACUCGAUGUCAGGACAAUAGUACAUGAGGUGCAUAGGCACAUGAGGCGGCUAACGUCUUCACCUGUCCACAGAGAGACGAGGAGGAGGAGAGACAAUGAUGGAGAUGCAGUUAUCAAAAAUACCUUCAGUCUCAGCCCCUUCUGUCUUCUAAUUAACUACUCCUGA